GUUUCAGGCCAGCCGUUUCGGUUCAACAGUUCCGCGAUGAACUCGUCCCAAAGUGCACAUGGCCUGCUGAGUUUGGCCGUUUUCCUCCGUCGAUGACAACAACCUAGCACAACAACUUUUGCGCCUACUGCGCUCCCCAGUGGUGUGAGUGAGUGCAACUCCCCGCCAUCACCACAGCCUACUCGCUUGCCGGGAAUGACUUUUUGCACCGUUCCGUUUCGUUGAACAGCCGGCCUGCAAGGUUUGGGCCGUUUAGGUUCCCCACUCUGCUCGACGACCACGGCGGAUCAGUUGGACGCGCGUAGCGGUACCUGUGGGAAGUGCUCCGACGUCGUGGAGGAAUUUCGAAGUUCGGUUGUUGUUGUUGCUGCUGCUGCUGAAAGAGUUGUUGUUGCGGAGUUUUUCGCAACGACCUCGCUCGAACGUGCGUGGUUGGAGGUCCGGAAUUCCCCGGGCGGGUCGCAUUCCCCGGCCAGGGAGGUCAUCCCGCAGAAUCCUGUGGGAAUGUGCCAGCGAAACGAAAGUUGAACCGAGGGAAGUUGUGCAAUUCUGGUGGCUUAGUAGGUGACGACGGGCUUGCCGUGGCAGAGGUCGGUCAACGGAAGUCAAAGUGUGCUAGGUGCAGAGUGUACGAGGGUGCCAAUUGCAGUGCGCGUGCAAAAGAAGAAGAGAGGGGCGGGCGGAGUUCGUCGCGCAAAUAGAGUCGUGCGAGAGAACGCAGCAAGCGCUGGGAUUGGUGGUGAGAAGAAGAGUUGCGUGGAGAGGAGGAAUGUGAGCUUCCUGUGUGUGUGCGCGAGCUGUUUCUGAGGGCGCGCGUGAGAGCAAGCAAAAAGUUUCGUGCGGGUAAUUUUACUCUAGAAGUUGCUGUUGCGCCUGCAUGCGAUUUGAUGUAAAAUUGCUGUUUGCGAAGGAAGGAAAGUGAGAAGUGUUGCGGAGCGGUUUGGUCUCAAAUAAUUAAGUUUGUCGAAAGGGGGAAGGGUUGUGUAUGGUCAGGCAAACAACCGGCGGCGAAGCGUGUGUGUGCCUGUGAGCUGAGUUUAAACAAAGUUUGGCGGGCUUGAAGAAGAGCAAUAGUUUCGGUAGUCAACACUGGAAGUGUUUCGGAAGAACUGUGAGUUUAGUCUGUGUGGGAGCGUUUAUGUUGUGUUGCGGAUUUUGCAGAGUUUGGAAAGCAGUUAAUUGAGUGGUUGUAAGCGGAAGGAUUUGAUUUGAGUGAGCGGACAAGCGGAAAAAAGACAAUACCACAUCGUUAGCCGAUCCUGAUGGCAGCCCCCGUUUAACGGCACUCAACUUUUAUUGAAAAUUUUAAACUCUUCCAAACGCCAAAAGCCAGUUACCAGUACGUGCAAUGUCCCGCGAAUCCACCCGAAGAUGAACUGCACCGCGUUGAACAGUAACCAGAUUGAAACGACGCCCAACAACCAUCCGCGGUUGGCCCCACCGACGGCCGCCGUCCGGACCCCCCUUGGCAGUGCCGGCAUCAUCGCCGUCCCGGGGUCCAACUCUAGACCGGGCGCGUCCUCGACCUCGUCUUCGGGGAUCUUCUUUCACCACACCAACAACCUGCUCGAUGUGCCCCGGCCAAACAACUCCGAGGAGGAAAACUCCCCGACCGAGCUGAACAACUGCCGGAGACUCGCGGAAAAGCCACCACUGGUCAAACGUCUCACGAUGGGCAUCCUCCGCACGGCGGAGGACAGUCGCCCGCUGGUGCACAGCUCUUCCCCGUCGAGUUCCUCCAGCUCCUCCCAGACCAUCUCGGACGGGUACGUGAACGAGGGCAUCUGCAGCGAGGUGGCCGCCGUCGAGGCCAACGUCGUGUUCAACAAAUUUGGCGACUCGUGCGCACGAUCGCUGGCCAACAACUCCACCACCAUGGCCACGACCACCCUAACGGAAGUGACCUCGUCGUCCUGCUCCUCUCCGCGGUACAACCACAGCAUGGCCACCGCCAUGGCCAUGUACCCGACGAUGGCCAACAGUGCGGCUGCCGCGCUGGCCGCCGUAGGUCUCAGCCUGAAGGAACAGCACGAGCUUAAGGGGGCGCCCUGGUUUCAGGCGGGCAUUCCGCGGGAAAUCUCGCUGGAAGUGCUCUCGCGGCAGAAUCCGGGUGCGUUCCUGGUGCGCCAGAGCACCACCAAGCCGGGCUGUUUUGCGCUGUCCCUGCGGGUUCCACCGCCGGCACCGAAGGUGGCGCACUAUCUCAUCUUGAGGACGAUACGGGGUUACAAGAUUAAGGGUUUCACCAAGGAGUUCAGCUCGCUGCGCGCCCUGAUAACGCACCAUUCUGUGAUGCCGGAGCUGCUGCCGGUUCCGCUGGCCCUGCCCCGGCCACCCCAGCUGGGCGCCCGCCAGGAGGACCCCGAGACGUACGGUUCGCUCAACGAGUUCCAGAAAAUCAUGGCCGAAUGAGAGUUCACCCUGUGAAAUAGUUAAAUUUAGUGCGUUUUUUUUUUCUCGUAAUGUGUAAUCGAUUUGAUGAUGGAAGCAGAAUGUACUCAACUCAGUUUAAAGUUGGACACUAGUCAAGUAGACAACCGUGUGUUAGGAGGGCGAAGAUUACGAAAAAUUGUGACAAUACAGAACAAGUUUGGCUUUAAUCGAAUCAAAUAUAUAGUUCAAACAGUGUUGGAAAUCUCCUACUUUAAGCGGACCAUUGUUAACGUUAGGUGUAGUGAUUGUUUGAAACCAAUAAUUUAAUUGUGUAGUCUAGAGUUGUAUUCAAUAAACAAAAUUUACAAACUAAA